AUGGCCGUCCAGCCCCCCAACCCGGCUUCUCCUGUUCCCCUCGUCCGGGCAGCCAACCUCGGCGGCUGGCUCGUCACAGAGGGCUGGAUCCUGCCCUCCCUCUUCGACGGCAUCCCCAACAACGAUCUGCAGGAUGACACGCAGCUGCAGUUCAGGUCCGUCACGCAGAAUGCGUUCAUAGCCGUCGAGAAUGGCGGCGGGGCGGCACUGGUCGCCAACCGGGCCUCGGCCUCCGGCUGGGAGUCCUUCAAGCUCGGGCGAAUCGACACGAAUACGUUCAACUUCAAGGUGUUCAAUGACCAAUUCGUUACCAUCGCCGGUGUUAACGCGGUGGCCACGGCCACCAUGGCCGGGAAGACAGAGACGUUCCAGCUAGUGCGCAACGACGUUAACAAAAAUAGGAUGAGGAUCAGAGCACCGAAUGGGUUCUUCUUGCAGGCAAAUAAAGAUGGUUCGGUGAAGGCAAACUUUGGCGAGAGCACGACCUGGGGAGACGAUGACCCGUCCGUGUUUGUAGUGACCAUAGUCAAUUGGGUGCCCUCCAUCUUCGAUGGCAUCCCCAACAAAGAUCUCCUCGAUGGCACACAGCUGCAGUUCAAGUCCGUGACGCAGAAUGCGUUCGUGGCUGCCGAGAAUGGCGGCGGCGCAGCGUUGGUCGCCAACCGUCCCUCGGCUUCCGGCUGGGAGAGCUUCAAGCUCUGGCGGAUCGACCAGAACACCUUCAACUUCAAGGUGUCCAACAACCAGUUUGUGACCAUCUCCAGCGUUAACGUGGUGGCCACGGCCUCCGCGCCAGGGCAAACUGAGACGUUUCAGCUAGUGCGCAGCUACGCCGACAAGAAUAGAAUGAGGAUCAGAGCACCAAAUGGGUCCUUCCUGCAGGCAAAUAAAGAUGGUUCGGUGACGGCCAACUUCGGCGAGAGCACGACCUGGGGAGACAAUGAUCCGUCCGUGUUUGCAGUGAACAUAGUCAACGGGCCACAUGGGGAGUAUCAGAUUUGCAAUGGCUACGGCAAAGAUAUGGCUACACGGGUCAUGAAUAACCACUGGAGCACAUAUAUCGUGGAAGCCGAUUUCGCGUUCAUGGCAGCAAACGGUCUGAAUGCGGUGAGGAUCCCUGUGGGAUGGUGGAUCGCCAGCGACCCCAACCCUCCAGCUCCAUUCGUGGGAGGCUCUCUCCAAGCAUUGGACAGUGCGUUCACAUGGGCAGAGAGGCACAACAUUCACGUGAUAAUAGACUUGCAUGCCGCACCUGGGUCGCAGAACCCCAACGAGCAUAGUGGUGGUAGGGAUGGCUCGCAGACAUGGGGAGACUCCCAAAUCGCGCAAACUGUGCAAGUCAUUGAUUUCUUCGCCGCAAGGUACGCCAAGAGAUCAAGCCUCCUGGCCGUGGAGUUGAUGAAUGAGCCGGUUGCUCCCGGCGUGUCCUUAGAUAACCUGAAAUCAUACUACCAACAAGGCUACAAUGCCGUUAGGAGGCACUCACUUACAGCCUAUGUGAUCAUGUCCAACCGUCUUUCAGCAUCUUCGUUGGAGCUCAUCGACUUUGCCUCACAAUUCGACAGGGUCGUCCUCGACAUGCACUACUAUGCGUUGUUCGAUAGCAAGUUCGAUAGUUUCACUGUGCAGGAUAACAUUGAUUAUAUCAACAACUUCAUCGCCAGUGAAAUCAACGCUAUAAAUAGGCCACAUGGCCCUCUCACAUUUGUUGGUAAGUUUGUGAUAAUUAGAUCAUCCUUUGAUAAAGGUGAAUGGGUGGCUGAGUGGCAGGUAAAGGAUGCAACAAAAGAGGACUUCCAACGUUUUGCAAAUGCGCAGAUGGCUGUGUAUCGGAAAGCCACAUUUGGAUGGGCUUACUGGACGUACAAGAAUGUUAACAACCACUGGAGCAUGCAGUGGAUGAUGGACCCCUACAUCUCCUUAGGAAAUGCUUGA